UGGAGUCAGCUGGAGUGUACUGGUAUGUUGUCCUGAACGAGGAUGUUAGUGAUGGUAUCCUCCAAACCCUGAGGGAGGGCACUCAGAUGUCACUGGCCGUGAGGAGAGACGUGGGAGAGUACGAACUGUUGUCGUCUUACGUCGACCGGAGUAGCAAUAUCAAGCUUGAGCAGGUGGGGUGGUGGAAGUGGACUUCCUCCGAUGGAUCUAAGACUUCCCUCUGCCGGCCCCUGUAUCGCCCCCUCAGCCAGAUCUACAGCGACUUCGGCGGGAGGGAGCUGAGGGCAGCAGUAGCCGACAACUGGCCUUACUUCCAGGUGACGAGACAGCCAGACGGGACCCUCCAGCCAUUCUCUGGCAUUGACUACAACCUCCUCAGCACCAUCGGUGGCAAACUCAACUUUACGUAA